AUGUCCAAUUAUGUUUUUAUUAUGAGUGUAGCUCUUGUUACUUGCUUUAUUGGUUUGUCAAUUAAACCUUCUCCUGUAUAUGGUGGAUUGUGUUUAAUUGUUGGUGGUUGUGUUGGUUGUGGAAUUGUGUUGAGUUUUGGUGGUCAGUUUUUAGGUUUAAUGGUGUUUUUGAUUUAUUUGGGUGGUAUGUUGGUUGUAUUUGGUUAUACUGCGGCUAUGGCUUCUGAGGAGUAUCCGGAGUCUUGGGGGUCUAAUUGGUUAGUUCUUGGGUUAUUAGUGGUUGGUAUUAUUAUAGAGUUGUUAUUAGUAUUUUGGUUAGGUAAUGAUGGUGAUGUGGAGUUGGUUGUUGAGUUUAAUAAUAUAGAGGAUUGAGUGGUUUUUGAAGGGGAAGAGAUUGGGUUGAUUAGUGAGGAUGGGAUGGGUGCGGCGGCUAUAUAUAGUUGUGCUGGGUGAAUAGUGGUAGUUGCUGGAUGAACUUUGUUUGUUAGUAUUUUUAUUAUUAUUGAAAUUACUCGAGGUAAUAGG